AUGGAGCGAGCGCCUGCGGCCGCAGGGGCGGCUUCCUCCGCGUCGUCUCGGGAAAAAAAACUGAAGAAAGGAAAAGAGAUAAGCAAGAAGGGCGCUGGGAUGCACGCCGCUGGCUUGAGCGCGGCAGGCAGGUCCGAGAUUUCGAAGAAAAAACAGGAUCCGCGCUUCCGCGCCCAAGCUGACCGCCGGUUUCUCCUGGAGAAGCUGCUGCCGACACCCCGCCAGAAGGGCGCGGCGCCCGCCAGCAAGAAGGCGUCUGAGCUGCAUCUGCUGCGCGAGAAGCAACUGAAGAAGAAGUUUGCAAAGCAGGUGCUCGAGACAGACUGCACCAGCGGCGACGAUGCUCAAGAGGAAGGCGCGCAGACGACCCCGAACGGCGCAACGGCGGCCGGGAAGAAAAAUGGGCAGAAGGACUUCUCGGUCCGCGCCUCGCUAGCCGACAGCUGGGAGAACGAUGAGCGAUUUUCGAGGAUCUUCACUGAUGACGCCUUCGCCGCCGGCGGAGCUAUCGGCGCGGUCGACAAGUUCGGCCGCGCCCUGAACAAGCGGAAAGAAAAAGACAAAGUAGAGAAAAAUGCGAAGACGAAGCGCGCACAGGCGGCUGUGGAAGCAGAAAAGCCCGCGCGCGCGCCGAAGAAGCAGGCGCGCGAACUUGACGAAGACGAAGUGUCUGAAGAAGCGCCUGAGGAGAAACAGAGCGACGAGAAAGAAGAACAAAGUCUAGAGAGUGGUCAAGAGGAGGAGGAAGAUGAGGACGACAGAGGCUCUGAGUCGUCUGAGAGCGAAGAAGUGGAGGAGGAAGGGCCUUCCGUCUGGGGCCACGACGAUGAGGAUCUUCUCAUGGGCGAAGAGGCCUCGACGCGCCUGGCGGUCAUGGGCCUUGAGUGGGAAAACAUCACGGCGAACGACCUGCUGCUUCUCUUCCGCUCCUUCGCGCGCGACUUGGUUGCGGGCGCGUCCUGCGGCGCUGCGAAGCGCGAGAAAGGCAAGGGCGACGGCGAGGCGGGCGCGAGUCGCGGCGCUCCCGAGACGAUUGUGAAGAAAGUCUCCAUCUACCCGUCAGACUUUGGUCUCGAGCGGAUGAAAAUCGAGGCGGUCAAAGGCCCGUGCAUCGACUGGGCGAGUGUGGAGGGCGGCAGACGCCGUGAGUCGGCUGCGGACGCGACUGCGGAAGAGGCAGGCGAGCAGGCGUCUGCGAGCGAAGACGAAGGCGAGGCGGAGCCUACGGAGGAAGAAGAGGAAAACGAAGAGGGAGAUGAAGAGGAUGAAGACGAGGAGGAAAAAGUCCGGGACGCGCGCGAGGACGCGAGUGACGCCGAGGCGUGUGCAGAGGGCAAGCGCGAGUCAGGAGGCGAGGGCGAAGAAGCGGAGGAAAUCGACGCGAGCUCCGGAGACGAAGAUAAUGACGGAGACAUGAAGCCGACGGAGGAAGAGGAACGCCUUUACAACGAAGCGCUGCGGAAAUACCAGAAGGAAAGAUCAAGAUACUUCUACGCGGUCGUUGAGUUCGACUCCGUGGCCUCAGCCAAAUAUUUUUACGACGAGCUCGACGGAUGCGAUAUAGCGUUUGCUCUCGACGGGCUCGAUCUUCGCUUUAUUCCAGACGACCUCGAGUUUCCGCACCCGCCGACUUCAGUGUCUUGGCUCGGCUUUUCGGGCUCGAAGGGCGAGCAGCGAGCCGCGGAGGAGGCCGCGCUCCUUCGCUAUGAGCCGCCGCCCGCCGUGAGCACCGCCCUGCGGCACAGCCGCGUGAAGUGCACAUGGGACGAGACGCCCAUCGAGCGGACCAAAUUGCUCAAGCGCAGGUUCACCGAGAAGGAGCUGCGGGACUUGGAUCUGCAGGAGUACCUCGCGUCGUCUUCGUCGUCGGAGGACGAAGAGGAGGGACACGCGGAAGGCGAGGACGCGCGGAAGGCCGGGCGAUGGAAGCUGACCGAAGCGAAUCUUCAAGAGUAUCGCCGUCAACUCUUGGGGGAUGCCGCCGAUCUGUCGACGGACGACGAGGAGGACUCGGUUUCGGAAGGCGACAUGUCGCGCAUGCCGUCAGGCGCGCAAUCCUCGAACGUGAAGAUCAGCUUCGAGGGCGAACUGGAGAACUUGGGAGUCUCGUCGGAGGACGAGGCAGACGAAGAGAAGACCGACGGCUUCACUGGAGGCGACGCGAAGGCCUGGGAAGCCUACGUCCAAAGGCGGAAGAAGAAGGAGAAGGAGCACCGAAAGCGCGAAGCACGGAAGUUUGAGGCGGCGCGUGCAGCGGCGGAGGAAGAAGGCGAAGGCGAAGAAAACGAAGAGGGCGCGGGAAGUCGCCGGACGAGCAGAGCUCAGCAGGACCGCCAGAGAGAACGUCGCGGCAAAAACACAAAGUUCCCCCUCUUCGCCGAGGGUUCCCAGAGCGACGAUGCUUCUGGGAGCGACGCUGAAGAGGAAGAACAUGCGGCCGAGCGACCAGUGUCGAGGGCGCUGAAACGCGACAGAAACAGCCGCGCCCAGGAGCCCGCGAGAGGGGCGGCGCGGCGUAAUUUGAAGAAGGGAGGCGGCGGAGCUGCCGCGCCAAACAGCACCAAGGAGGCGUCCACUGCAGCCGAGCUAGAACUCCUUACACUCGGUCAUGAAGAGGAGGGACGACGUCACUUCGAUCUUCGAGAUGAGCUGUUGAGUCGAAAGAGCAAGCGAAAGGCGAAACAGCUCAAGCGCAUGCGGGAGGAGGAGAAGAGUCACGAGCAAGGCGACGCCUUCAAGAUUGACGUCGACGACAGUCGAUUCUCUCGUUUGUUCUCGAACCCCGACUUCGCGAUAGACCCAACGAACCCUAACUUCAAGGCAAGUCAAGCCAUUUCUCGUCGCAAACACCGACUGGCGUGCGCUGGCGCGCCUACCCCGUAUGUCUUCCUGAGCAGUGAAGAGCCGAGUGGAUGGGCAAGUGACGAUCUGAGCCUGUCUUUGGUUGCCGUGUGCGUUCAGAAAACCGCGGCAACUGACGAGCUUCUGCGUGUGAAACGUGCAAGAAGCGCCAAGCCCCAGUUCUCUGCGCCCGAGAGGAGCAAGCCGUUUCUCGCUGAAACCGGCGGUUCACAGACACGAGGGACGAAGCCCUACCGGAGCGGGGGCGACCGACGUUUUGCAGACCAGAAGCAACGUAUUGCAGACGGCAUAUCCACUGCGGGAGCUGCAGCUGACGGAAAGGUAGCGAACAAGCCCCAGGAGGGGUUCGCCCUGUUUGCCAAACGCUAG